AUGCCAACGGUCCUUGAUUCGUCCACGCUCCGACGGGGGCCCAACACUGCUUCCUACUGCGGCGACUACCUGGACGACUAUAAAAUCGUCUACAUUCAAGGCACCGACGGUGCGCUCUCCAACAUGGACGUCGAUUGUGACGGUGCCCAGGGCGGGUCCGCCGACGAUGGGCGCUGCGAUUCGUCAACAGACACGCAGUCCAUCUCCUCGUUCCAGUCCACAAUCGCGUCCUACAAAGCCGGCAUCCGGGACCUGGACGCCAACAUCCACCCAUAUAUAGUCUUUGGGAACGAAGGCACUAAGCGCAAAUGGAAGACAUUCGACCCGCAGGAGGUCGGGAUUAAGCCGCUCAGCGUGAUGGCCGUCGUGUGCGGCGGCAAGCUGGUGUAUGGCGCCUCGAUAUCCGUUGCUACGGCGUGCUUCGGUACGCGUAUGUCGGGGAACUCGGGGUACGACGAAGACGACGUGCUGUAUAUCGCGUUCGUCGGAGACGAUGCCGUGCCGGGAGCCAAGGGCGCCAACUGGUCGGCCGCCAACUAUGAAGCGUUUAGCGCCAGCAUCCAGGAUCUGGGCGAUAGGCUCGUCGAGAGGAUCGGUGUGGGAAAUGCGUCUGACAAGGAGGAUGCGGGGACUACGACAAAGAUGACCCUGCUGGCCGGAGCGUAUCCUGUGCUACCGGUUUUGGCCUCUUUGAUGGCCCUUUUAAUAUUAAUCUAA